AUGGUGUGCGGAACGAUCGGGUUCUUCGUACGGCAUCGGCUUAUUCGAUUACUACCUCCAUCCGUGCGCCCCGUGGUUAUCGUGAAGCAGGGUAAAGUGCGUGGCGUUACCUCGACCCUCUCCAAUGGGGCUCAGUACCACUUCUUCAAGGGUAUUCCGUACGCGGAACCACCGGUUGGGAAGCUGCGCUUUAGGCCUCCCGUACCGCUGGAACGCUUCCGGAAACCGAUCGUCGACUGUUACGCCGAACGGGCCAACGCCAUGCAGAAGGAUUUCCUCUCAAACCAUGUCAGUGGGGCUGAGUCGUGCCUGUACCUGAACGUAUUUACACCACGCCUUCCCGGUGAAGCCGACGCCACCAAGGGUGUCCCACGGUUGCCCGUGAUGGUGUUUAUCCAUGGCGGUGGCUUCCAAAGCGGUUCCGGCAGCAGUUUCUUCUACGAUCCGGACUACUUUGUUCAGCAGGAUGUAAUCGUUGUCACGUUUAACUACCGACUCGGACCACUCGGGUUCCUCUGUCUCCCUGGUGCCGGUAUCCCGGGUAACGCGGCACUCAAGGAUCAGCUACUGGCGUUGAGAUGGGUAAACGAAAACAUUGCCCAGUUCGGUGGCAAUCCGGACAAUGUGACACUGUUCGGCGAAAGUGCCGGCAGCAUGUCGGCGUAUUUGCACUAUCUUUCACCGAACUCACAGAAAUACUUCCAACGAGUGAUAUGCCAAAGUGGAGUCGCCUGCUCGGAUGCCUUCUUCCAGGUUGAACCGGUGGAGAAGGCUCGGAAGUUGGCACGGUUCUUCGGUUACACCGGAGACAGCGAUCAGGGUGUUUUAGAAACGCUCGAGAAGGUGCCGGUGAAGGAACUGGCUCGACACCAGGGGCAGGCCAUCAGCGAAGCGGAGAAGCAUCUCGCGCUGAUCUUCGUCUUCCGACCGGUGAUCGAGGAGCAGCAGACCGAUGACAGCAUCAUUACGCAGCAUCCACGGGAAAUCCUAAAGACGUACGAUAGCCUCCGAAUGCCGCUGCUGGAGGGUUGCAACAGUGGUGAAGGUAUUCUGGCCCUACGUACCCUCGGCAAACGGUGGCACGCUUUCGGCCGAUCGCCGGAGCGGAUGGUCCCGGUGCUGCUGAGCCGCCCUCCGGGCAUGGACCCGACGCUCGUUGGGCAGGAGAUCAAGCGGUUCUACUUCGGCGAACGGCCAGUCGACGGGCGGACGAUCAACCAGAUGAACGACCUGAUGUCGGACAACACGUUCAUCACCAACUCGGUCAUCGGUGCGGAGUGGUUGGCGAAGUAUCAACCGAACGUGACGCAUUUUCACUACCGGUUCUCGUACGAUGGGCGGUUGAGUCUGCUGAAGCGUCUCUUCCUGCUGUCGCAUGUUAGUGGAGCGUGCCACGGGGACGAUUUGAUGUACAUGUUCAAGGCAAGCUUCCUGCCGACAAUACCGCCAAACAGUGACGAAUGUCGCGUCCGCAACAUAUUCAUCGCCCUCUGGACCAGCUUUGCCAAACACGGCCACCCAUCGCAGGGUUCGUCUGCCGUAGUGCCGGUGAAAUGGGAACCGGUGCAAAAAGUAGCACGUGAUUCCGACGACUUCAACCUGGACUGCCUAGAGAUCAAUACCGUGCCGCAGAUGGUGCGAAAUCCGGGUAACGGACGGUUACAGUUUUGGCGCAAGCUGCUGAAGCAAUACCGACCGGAUUACCUCUAAAAGACUGGUUUCGUUUUCUCUAUUUUAAAUAUUAUCAUUUCCUUGAGUGAAUUAUAUUACCCCAAAGUUAGCAAUUGUUAAAUGUCAUUACGUUUCGCUAGGCGAGGACUCCGUGGGAGAUCGGAGGACUGCGAGCACGUAGAUGACGGUAUAUAUUUACACCUAGGUGUUAACGU